AUGGACUCAUAUGGAGUCCGGAGGUCGGACACCACCAAAGGGCCGCCUCUGCGCAUCUUGUCUCUCGACGGAGGAGGUGUUCGAGGCUAUUCUAUGCUCAUCAUCAUCCAAGAACUCAUGCACCGAACGUUCGUCGAAACCGAAGGUCGCGCACCUAAACGACACGAAAUCCCGAAGCCAUGCGAGCACUUCGACCUGAUCGUCGGCACAGGCACCGGCGGCUUGAUCGCAAUCAUGCUGGGCAGGCUACGGCUGGACCUGGAGACUUGCAAGGAGCUGUACGUUCGCAUGACCAAAAUGGUGUUCGAGACGGACAAGACUAUCGCUGGUAUCCCGUACCGAUCUACGCUCUUCAAGGCCAGCAAGCUUGAGGAGGCCAUCAAGCAGGGAGUCUGGGAACACACAGUCUAUGGAAAGGAAGGCAACGACCACGAGGUAGAAGUCGAAAACCCCCUUCGUUCGUCAAGUCGCUCAAGCUCAGGAUCCGUAAAGCGGCACACUAGCAACGCCAGUACCCUUAGUUUCAGCGCACGCCACCCUUCCGGCCAGGUAUCGACUCGACCGGCUAUGAACUUGAAAUAUGGAAACGGGAACGCAAGAUUAUACGACGCCCGAGAGAAUAGAACCAAGACCGCUGUAACAGCAAUGUACAAGGGAUCCUCGCGAGGCUCACCCCCAGUAAUGCUGCGGUCCUACGAUUCACGCAAAGAGCCCCCGCCAGAGUUUGACUGCAAGAUCUGGGAGGCUGGACGUGCAACUUGCUCAAUCGGCCUGGCGUUCAAGCCUGUCCAGAUUGGCCAGUCAAUAUUCCACGACGAUGGCGCCGGCACUUUCAACCCCGCACCCGAGGCUCUGGAUGAGGCAGUGAUUAACGAAUGGCCAGGGCGAGAAGUGGGAGUGUUUGUCAGCGUUGGCACUGGAAGACGGCCUCGCGGGAGCGACGGAAACCAGCAAGUGUGGUACGAGGGAUUCCUGGGCGAAUUUGCCGAGGCGCGAAGAAAGAUGAUCUCCAAGAUUGAAGGCUGCGAAAAGAUUCAUGAGUACAUGAUUCGGGAGCAUCUGGCAAAGCGAGGCGUCAACAUUGAAAACUACUACCGCCUAAACGUCGAGGUGGGAGUGGGCGAGUUUGGCAUGAAUGAGUGGAACCGACUCAGUGAAAUCAGCACCGGCACUCGACGAUAUAUGUCGCGGGAAGACGAGCAGACGAUGAUCCACGGCAUUUCGACAAGGCUUGCCAAAAUCCACAGAGCAAAGCUCCGCUGGGAGCGAAACUCUGUCAACGUGCCCGAGCUGGUCAAGUCGACUUCAGAAACCAACUAUGAGCAACCUUUUGCGGUCGAGCUGCCCGGCGACAUGCCGGCAUCCUUUGCACACAGCCCACAGAGCCCACCGAGCCGCUCGUCGUUUGAUUCUGCGCCAGACAGUCUACACCUGCAGGCAAAUACCCUGUCGUCGCCCCGAGUCUCUGGCGACCAUAUCCGACCAGGCACCGGGCACUCUCGCUACGGACGGACCCCCCCUAAUGUGGUGGACAUGUCGUCUCCCAGCCAGUACAGGAUUCCUCAGUUUGCCGACGACAAGAUUGCCAUUAUGGGCCCGGACGAGGAGCCAAAGUAUCCGGCACCGCUGUCACUCAAGUCUCCAGUUCAAAUGGAGCCGCCGGCAGUGCCCGCAAAGAUGGCGCCGCCGUUGCCGCCAAAGACGCCUAUACAUGAAUAUGGUCACCGGCCGCGAGACUCGGAGACCUCGAUCCCACCUUAUCCUCUCGACGAUGAUGACGGCCCGCCUCCCAUCAACAUGGCACGGAAGCCAGAGUAUCUGCAGUAUUAA